AUGGCUGAAGCUUUAGUGGCAGGAGCUUUUCUAUCUGCUUCUGUGCAAUCUUUAAUGGAAACAAUAACUUCAGUGCAGUUCCGAGACUUCUUCAGGAAGAUCAGUAAGCUAAAUAUCUCACUCCUGGAUGAGUUGCAAACAACACUGCUAACUCUUCAAGCAGUUCUCAAUGAUGCGGAACAGAAGCAGAUUACCAACCCUGCAGUAAAAGAAUGGCUGGAACGGCUAAAAGAUGCAGUGCAUGAUGCAGAAGACCUGCUAGAUGGAGUCAACACUGAGGCUCUGAGACACAAGGUGGAAGCUCAACAUCCACAUCAAACUACUACUGUGAACUCCAAGUUAGAGGCCUUGUGCCAAAGACUCCAACGUUUUGCUGCACAAAAAAGUGGCCUUGGUUUGCAACCUGUUAGCAUGAGGGUAUCAGUUAGAGCACCAACAAGCUCUGUGGCAAAUGAGUCAGGUGUGGUGGGUAGAGAUGAUCAUAAGGAGAAACUAAUGAGUUUGCUGUUAUCAAAUGAUGAAAACUGCAAUAAUAACAUAGGGGUGAUUACAGUUUUUGGUAUGGGUGGUAUUGGUAAGACAACCCUUGCUCAGCUUCUCUACAAUGACCAUAGAGUAGAAGAACAUUUUGAUCUGAAAGCAUGGGCUUCCGUUUCAGAAGUUUUUGAUGUCACUGUGGUAACAAAAUCCCUUCUUGAGUCUGCAGCUUCAAAACAUUUUGAAAAUGAAAAUCUGAAUUUUCUCCAAAUUGAAUUGAGGCGAAUCUUGAAAGGCAAAAAAUUCUUGCUUGUGUUGGAUGACAUUUGGAAUAACAAAUAUGUUGAGUGGGAUGGCCUACGAACUCCCUUUAGUGAGGGAAAACAAGGAAGUAGAAUCAUCAUUACAACACGUCAAGGAGACGUUGCUCAAAUGACACAUACAUUCCCUAUAUACCAUUUGGAACCAUUGUCAGAUGAAGAUUGUUGGUCACUACUUUCCAAGCAUGCAUUUGAAAAUGGAGACCCUAGCAGACACCCCAACUUGGAAGUAGUUGGUAGAAAGAUUACUGAAAAGUGUGGUGGCUUACCUAUAGCUGCAAAGACAUUAGGAGGUAUGUUGAGGUCCAAAGUGGAUGAGAAUGAGUGGGCUUAUAUUUUGAAUAGUAACAUAUGGGAACUACUAAAUGAUGAUGUUCUACCUGCUCUAUGGCUAAGCUAUCUCUAUCUCCCUCCUCAUUUGAAACGAUGUUUUGCCUAUUGCUCAAUUUUCCCAAAAGCAGUUCCUUUAAAUAGGAAACACAUAGUACUACUUUGGAUGGCAGAGGGUUUGCUUCGACAAGGCCAGAAGAAAUCAAUGGAAGAAAUAGGUGAUGAAUAUUUUGAUGAACUAUUGUCAAGAUCAUUAAUUCAACAAGAUGGAGAUGAUUAUGUAAUGCAUGACCUCAUCAAUGAUUUGGCCACAGUUGUAUCAGGGAGAAGUUGUAAUAGGUUUGAGAGUUGUGAAAUAUCAGAAAGUGUCCGUCAUUUUUCUUACUCUAGAGGUAAGUAUGACUCUUCCUCCAAGUUUGAGAGUUGUUAUGCAGCAGCAAAAUCUUUGCGGGUGUUCCUCCCUCUGCCAUUGACUGAUGAUCCAAAUUUAUGGUGGUACUGGAAACAUUACUUGACUAAAAGGGUUACACAGGAUUUUCUGUUUAGACAAAGAUACCUACGAGUCCUGUCAUUGGCAAACUAUAGUAACAUUAGUGAAUUGCCUAAUUCACUAGGCAAUCUGAUACACUUGCGAUUUUUGGACCUCUCCUUUACUCCAAUCAAAAGGUUGCCCAGUACAAUAUUUAAGCUCUACAAUCUUCAAACAUUAAGAUUGUUAUACUGUCAGAACCUCACUGAAUUGCCGGCAGAAAUAGAAAACUUAGUUAACUUGCGUCAUCUUGACAUGAGUGGCACUAAACUGAAGAUGCCAAGACAGAUCACCACCCUACAAAAUCUCCAAACUUUAAGUACUUUGGUUGUAGGCAAACAGUAUGAUGGACUAAGGCUUAAAGAUUUGGGAUGUUUCCCAAAACUGCAGGGAAAACUUUCAAUUUUGGAGUUGUGCAAUGUGGUUGAUACCAUAGAUGCUAUUGAGGCAAACUUGAAGAACAAAGAGCUCAUUGAGGAGUUAGUGUUGGAUUGGAGCAGCCUUGCCAGUCAAGGUUCACAACUUGAAACAGAAGUGCUUGACCUGUUGCAACCAUCAACCAAUCUUAGGAAACUUACCAUUGAAUCAUAUAAUGGCACCAGAUUUCCUAACUGGUUGGCAGAUUUUUCAUUUUCCAACAUUGUGUUUUUGUGUGUAAGUGGUUGUAAUUUUUGCUUCUUUCUCCCACCACUUGGACAACUUCCUUCUCUCAAGGAGCUUUAUGUUACAAGGAUGAAAAUGAUAAAGACUGUUGGUCCUGAGUUCUAUGGUAGUUGUACCCCUUCUUAUCAACCAUUUCCAUCCCUUGAGGUUUUAUCAUUUGAGGAAAUGUUAGACUGGGAGGAGUGGCAACUGUUCAAUGGUGAAGGCAUAGAGUUCCCUUUUCCAUGUCUUAAACGUCUACGUUUGUACAAUUGUCCUAAGCUAAAGGGAUAUUUACCAUGUCAGCUUCCUUCCAGCUUGACAGAUGUUAACAUAUCUUACUGUGAUCAGCUGGAAGCAUCUACUUUACAUUGGAUUACAUCAACUAAAAGUUUGACUAUUAUUGAUGGAGGUCAACACUUAUUGCCAAUCCUUGAGAAUGAUUCACAGUGCUUGCUAUCCUACAUAAAGAUUGAAAGGAGUGAUAUGCUGACAUCUUUUCCCAGAAUGGUUCUUAGCAGCAAUUGUCUCCGUGACUUGUACCUCACUAAAAUUCCAUCUCUCACAUCCUUCCCAACUGAGGGUAUGCAGACUUUACGGACACUGUUGGUAUCCGAAUGUAAGAAUUUAGAAUUCCUACCUGAUGAAGCCUGGGAAAAUUACAGUUCACUUGAAAAUUUGAUGAUAUGGGACAGUUGUCACUCACUCAGAUGCUUUCCAUUAGGCUGUUUCCCUGUGCUCAAAUAUCUUUAUAUCUGGAGUUGUCCAAAUCUCGAAUCACUUUCAAUCUCAGAUAAUGCUGCUUCUGCCCAGAGUUUGUCAUGUCUUGAAAUCUUGAAAAUAAGUAGCUGUUCUAAUCUGGAGUCUUUUCCUCAAAGUGGAUUGUCCACUCCCAACUUAAUGGAAUUUAAAGUCUUCAAUUGUGGAAAACUUAGAUCACUUCCAGAACAGAUGUACACCCUCAAUUCUCUUCAAGAUUUAGAAAUUUCUAAUAUUCCACAGCUUGUGUCAUUCCCGCAGGGUGGUUUGCCACUAAAGUUAAGAUCAGUAUACAUAGGCUUUUGCAAAAGUCUAUCACCUAUGGCUAUAGCUAAGUAUGGUUUUCAAUGGCUUACAUCUCUUUUGAAGAUUGGAAUAGGAGGCGAUGAUCUUGUCCAGGCAUUCUUGGAAGGGAAUGCGCUUCAACAUCUCACCUCUCUUGAAGAGUUUCACAUCCUGCGUUGUCAAAGGCUUGAGUCCUUGCCAGAAGAUAGGUUACCUUCCUCUCUUUCUUUGUUGAAGAUCCAAGACUGUCCUCUACUGGAAGGAAGAUACAAGAAUAGGUCAGGGAAACAUAUGUCAAAGAUUUCUCACAUCCCUACCAUAAGAAUAAAUGAAGAGGUGAUAAUAUAG